AUGUUAAUGAUGAAAUGUAUCGUUCUAAUAUGUGGGCCACCAGCAUGUCUUAAAUCAACACUUAUUAAAAUACUUCAAUUGAUCUUUAGUCAUCAUCAAAUUUUAAAUCUCAAAUUUCUUUGUAUAAAAAAAGUUCAAGAAAUUUUAUUUAAGAACAAAAACGAAAAUAAGCGUCUCUACAAUUUUCUUUCGUUUGAUGAUCUAUUUCUUGGCUAUGAAAAUGAUAUCAUAGAAAAUGAAUCCAAUUGGAAAUUAUAUCGUUUAUUAAUUGCAAAUGAAAUUGAAAAUUAUAUUUUAUCAAAUGUGCAAGAAAAGAAUUCUUCUAUAAAUUUAAAAUACUCUUCACAAAUACUUGAUCGUCUUUAUCAAUCAUUGAAACAUUUAACGAAUGAUAGUAUUCUUAUUAUUGAAGAUAAUUUUUAUUAUGCAAGUAUGCGCCAUCGUUAUCGACAAAUAGCUCAACGAGUAAAAAUAGGUUUUGCAUCAAUACAUCUUCAUUCAAAUUUAACUAUUGCUCUUGAACGAAAUACGAAGCGUCACAUAUCUAAACGUGUUUCAAAUGUUUCCAUAGAAAAUAUCUUUGCAAAAUAUGAUUUAUCAACUGAUGAUCUUAUGAUUGAUACAACAAAUCGAGGUUUAACAAGUGAACAUUUACAUCGAGUUUUGCAACGUAUUCAACAAGCUUGCAAUGAACCAGAACAACAAUUAGUCAAUAUAAUUGACGAUGAACAACGUCGUAGAGCAACAGAAAUUAAUCAACAAAAUAUGAUUUAUCAAAUAGAUCAAAAACUACGAAAAUUUAUUUCAAAACAUUUAAAUAAUGAAUUUUUACAGAAUGAAAAAUUUAAAAUAGCAAAUGAAAAAAAACUUUAUGCCGAAAUGAUUAAUAAUAAACGACAAACAUUUUUAGAAUUAAUAAAACAAAGAUUUAUUUUCAUUCAUGAUAAUCAUGAUGAUAUAGAAAAUCGAUUUGAACAAUUUUUAAACGAAAAUAAUUAG